CCCCUCGUCGGCGACGGCAACCCAACCCACCUCGAUUGACCCAUAAAAAAAAAAACCCCAAAUCCCCUUCGCCACCGUCUCCCUCGCCGCCGCCGCCGCCACCGCCUAUCCAGACCCCGACACCUCGCCACCCGCUGCCACCUCACCGUCGGAUUCACGUCGCCCAGCCGCACCACCAACCAUCCCGCCUUGCUCCGCGCUCCGCAGGUUAGACAGCCGGUACCCCCAAACAAACCCUAUAGCACGCGGGUCGGUUGUAGAAGAGCACUGGGGGCGUGAGAGAGGGAGUCACCAGCCCUCGAGAUCCCUCCCUCCCGCUUCUACCACUCCCCUGACGCUUGCAAAAAAUGGGCAUCUCAAAUCCCACCUCACUCCCUUCUCGGUACAAAACAGAAACCCUUCCGUCUGUUUUCCUUUUUAGGCCCUGAGAGGAGAAGCAAGGCUGAAAUGCCAGCAGUCUCUUCUCCAUUUCACCUGAUCUGGACCUCUGAGAUGUUGAUAUGAAGGGAGACCUGUAACUUGUGUAUAUAUUAGGUCUUAGUUUUCUUGUUUCCAUAUUUGUUUGGAGUUAGAACUUAGAAGCAAGGCUUCUCAUGGCAUCUCCGCAAGAAUCCAAUUCCCUGUGCUUGAAGCGGAAGCUUGUUGAUGACUGCCUGUCAAAAGACUGCAAAUCUCGCCGUAUCAAAUCUGAGAAUGGGCCCUCAUCCGAUUCAUUUGCUAAACGCUGCAACUGUUGCUGCACUCGACCUAACCUUGCCAAUGAUUGUGUCAAUUUCCUGAAGAGUGGAGCGCCAAGCCGUGUCAUGUAUUACAAAAAGGGUUCGUGGCACAAUUUUCCAGAGCAAAUAAUGAAGUCCCUCAUUGAUGAAUUCAAAGGAAAUAAAUCAAGUGUUGUGUCUGUGAUGGAUGAUGAACCAAUUCUUGUUGAUUUCUUGUCAAUGACCCUGGUCAACCUAAAAACCAGAAAGCAGCGGUCUGUUGCCUGGUUUGAUGACACUGGCAAGCGUUUCUUUCCUUCUCUGUUCUUUGAUGAGGAAAGUGAUGAAAUUGCCAAACAGGAUUCUGGCAAUGUUGAUAGCACUGCACAGGGAAUAAUGUUAGAUAAGGCCGCAAAUUCUCCACCUGAAGUGGUGAAGCAAGUUGUUCUUGAAUCUAGUCCCCCAGUCCCUCAAAAACCUUCAACUGUGGAUGUCUUGCGUAAGAAGAUCACAUCUGUGGAAAGAGACAGCGAAGGCUUUCUAUUUGUCCAGAACCUUUUUCUCUCUGGUAUGAGUCCAUUUGCAACACCGAGUAACAUACUUCAUGUCCACCGCUACUCUCCAAACGAUAUCACCGCACAAUGUAGAUUUGAAGCUUUUGAAAGACAGAUGAAGUCAACUAAAGAAGCACGUGGUGAUGCAAAUGUUAAGUAUGGAUGGUUAGGAUCUAGGAAGAGUGACAUAGUUAGGAUUCUUAUUAAUGGCUUGGGUACCACUGCAAAUCCUGUUGAGAAAGCAGGUUUGAGUGCUGGUGUAUAUCUUUCACCAGAAAACCGAGCCUUUACCAGUGUCGGUCUUUGCGAUGUUGACGAAAAAGGAGUGCAGUAUAUGUUGCUGUGCCGUAUGAUAUUGGGCAAUGUGGAAGCUGUUGAACCUGGAUCACAAGAGUCUUUUCCAAGCAGUGAGAUAUAUGAUUCUGGUGUUGAUGAUUGUUCAAACCCAAAGUGUUAUGUGAUGUGGCCAUCACAUCUCAGCACUCACAUCCGUUUAGAAUAUCUUGUUAGUUUCAAGCUUGUCCCAAAAGUUCGAAAUUAUUUGCUUGACUUGAAGGGUUUAUGGUUUAACCCAUCACUAAAGGAAGUUGGAAUGGAUAUUUCUACACUUCAACCUGUAAUGUGUGAAACAGGUGAAGGACCAACUUCCCCAUGGAUAUCAUUCAGAGUUCUGUUUGCAGUUAUUCAAGACAAUGUAUCAUCAGUGGCAAAGGAGCUUCUCUUCCAUCAUUAUGAGGAGCUGAAGGAGAGCAUAAUAACUCGCGAAGAAAUGGUGAAGAAAAUGAUAAUAAUAGUUGGAGAGAAAGUACUUUUGGAGGCCUUGAAGAAACUUCAUUACUGUCCAUCAUUGUGGUACAAGCCUUCUGUUGAAGCAGUGUCUAGUGAUUCUGUAAUGGCAGCACCAGAACAAUUAUCCUUGCAUAAGGCAGGUGGAGAUUGUUCAUUAACUCUGCGGGUUAACCAUGCUGAUUCACAUGCACCAAAUGCUGUGUCUGAACAUUCCACAGUUCUUAGCACCAAAGGAUGUGAUACACUUGCAGCGGAUAUGGUGCCCAGAAGUCAAGAUUGUCUGGCACCAAGUGGUGUGCCAGAAACAUCUAGUUCUGCUGUUGCCAUGUGUGGGGCUUCUACAAGUGUGGAACCCAAGCGCAGAGAUCCUCCUGUACAGAUGGUGCCACCUGGAAACUCUGCAGCCUCAUGUGCCAAAAACCAAGAUUCCUUUGUAGGAAGAGUGACACCUAUAGUUCAUGAUGGCCUUUUGAGGACAAUUUGUGGAAGCUCUUCAUCUCGUGGUCGGGAAUUAUGCAAAUCUGCCACAACAACCACAGGUCAUCCUGGUUAUGCUUCUGCAGCACAAGCUAAUGCCUCCCAAACCCAUGGAGUUUCUGCUCCAGGUGUCACUCCUAAGGGCUAUGAAUCUGCUGUACCAAGCUUGUCACUUGGAAAUUCCAAAAGUACAGGCGUGAAACAACUCAAUUCUGCACCGAGAAUGACACCUGAAGGCCAGAAAUUCCUUUCACUGGGUAUUGUGUCACCUAGCCCAGCACCUCGUGAUUUAGUAAACUGCCAGGCCAGUUCGACAGUGGUUGCCAUACCUCCAGUUCAUGCGCCAGGCCAUGGAAAAUUGCCAUCCAUGAAGAUCGAGGGCCAUGAUUCUCUGGUGCCGAGUGUGAAGCCAAGUCUAGCACCAAGUAAAGCGCCAAAGCUGCAUGAACCUGUGAUAGCUGACACGAGCAUCAAGGGCUGUGAUUCUCUAGCAUUGAGUAUCACACCAAAUGUCCAUGAUAGUCUAGCAUCAAGUAAUAAAACUCCAAAGCGCCAUGAAUCUGCUAUAGUUGAUACGAUGCCAGAAAGCAGUCGCUCUCAAGGCGAGGGUGUCGCCGCUAAGGCCUAUGAUGCUCGUAAACCAAAAACUGGGGAGCCGAAGAAAGAACAUGCAGCAGUAACUGGCUCACAGGGUAAAUCAUCUGUUCCAGGUCUUGACGCUAGCAGCCAUGUUACUGGGGCAGCGAGCGCCCUUGUUGCCCUAUCAACUCUGCGAGAGAAGGGUGGGUGAUAGAGCAGCAGCGGUGUUACUAAAAACUGUAGUUCCCGUUGGAUCAGAUCCUGGUUCUGUGCACUUGAUUCCGGGCCAUUUCCAUGCAUAUACGUGUGGUUAUAGCAGUGAUGUAAGCAGGUGGGAAUGUAUGGAUCAUUGUAUGUUCUAGGACAGGAAUCACCCCGUCGACUCUUCUGAACAAUAAACCCUCUUUGAUCCUAUAUAUGCGUAUGGUUUCUGCUGGU